UCCUCGCGCCUGGCAGGCCCCGGGCCUGGUCGGGCCCUUGAGGUUUUUCGGUUUAUUUGCAUUUCGCAAAAGCGUUUCGGCAGUUGCAGUGAAAUCUUUUUUUAGGUUUUCUUUCCAGUUUAGAGAGCUUUUUGCCCUUUUAACCCUUUGCUCAAUGGACAGCUGCUGGCUUUAUUUGAGUGUCACGAAGGUGAAAAUAAAAAUGUAGGUGCCUGUCAGGUACCUUGAGGAAUUUAGUGCAAAAAUCAAGACAGCUCUGUAAAGAAGUUGAUAUUUCUACUGGCAGGUCCUGUUUUCCACUGGUCUUUGCAGCACGAGGCAAGGAAAUUCUUGUAAAUAAGAUGUGUUUCAGUCUAGAUUUGAGAAUCCUAAUCAAGAGACUGUUCCUUUUACUAAGAAUAACUGGAUACCCGCAGUGCAAGCAUGGAGGUGGUCUUGCAUUAUCGACCACACCAGACAGAUCUAAUAAAACUGCAAAAAUUUGCAGAAGCAGCAGUGAAGGAGUUUCCCAUUCGUCAGUUACCAAGAUUUACACCCUGGUUUCCAAAUGAUUUAUACAGACUUCCCCUCAAACCGAAAAGGCAUCCACCAGUUAUCUCUUGUGAGGAAGCCGAAGAAUUGAAACAACUUUCUACAGCUUCAGAAUGUAUUGUAGGAUCUCCUGAUUAUGACUGCACAAAAAAUCUCCUCGAGUUUCAGUCUAACAUGAGACGUGGGCAGACUUUAAUCCAAGCUCAAACUGUUCACAGACCAGUUAACUUGGAGAAUCAAGAAGAACCACCAUCUAAUGGAAAACAAAAAUUGAAAAGGUCUUGGAGUGUCUCUCUCCCUAGUGCUAAGAUCAAAGAAAAGAUUCUUCCUUUGUCUCAAGAACUGCAGAAUAAUUUGGAAAGACUGAAGCUGCAUGUAUUUUAUAGAGCAAAGUGGACAAUCGAACAGUCUAUUUGUAAUAAUCAGACUUUGGAGGACAUCUGGAUAAAAUUGAAUAGGCUCAUCAAACGGAAUGAAUUGCCAUCUUGCAAUGCUACAAUCCAAAGAUCUGUGGGCCAGAUAUGGAUUUUCUGUGAUAUAUUAUACUGUGAAUAUGUUAGAAAUAUUCUUAGGGAAAGGCUAAGCCUUACUGAUAAAAUGAAUUUGCUUGUGCAUAAAUUUGGCAUUAUUUUUAGCUUAUAAUUUUAAGAUAGAGUUCUGUAAUAAUAUUGCUGUCUGAAGUACUAGAAUUUUUUAAGCAGCUUAGAAAAUACAGACUUUGGAACAACCAAUGAAUUAAAGAGCAGGAAACUAUUUAAUAUUAUUUUGCUACAGUUUUUCUUUAUUUAACUUUAUUUGUCUGGGAAUCUUAUGAGUGCUUCUAUUAAGAUUAGUAUAUUUCUGUCUGGUUUAGAACUGCAUUUAUGUAGCUUUUCUCUACAUCAGAUGUCUGGGGAAAAAAGUCUGUUGUCUAGACUGUUAUGGCAAGCUGUGUUGGCUAAUAAAAGUUAUGCUUUCAGUCAA